UUGAUGUGGAUAGUCUGAAGGGAGCAUGGCAUUACACUGUGAAUGUAGCCUUCACUAAAAGUCUUGUGAAAGGGCCCUUUGUGGAAAAAUAAAUAAAUAAUUUCUUACUUUUGUUUGGAACUAUCCUUCGCGUGGCGUCCCCUACCUGAAGUGCCCAUGUGCUACUUCAGCAGCGGUCUACACUGAACAAUAAUUAAAUAAAUUUUAAUAGACAUCGAAUUGACAAUAUUAUUUACUUUCAUUGUAUCUGACUAAUUAAAAAAAAAUAAAAAAUAAUAAUAAUUGUGCAGACAAUCCCCGCCCAUAUCUCUAUGUGGUCAACUUUGGGAAAAUUCCUCUCGGCUUGCCGUACCUGAGAGAAGACAUCAGCUGGAAUGUAUUUGCGGAAGUUUCACAUUAUUGUCUGGUUGAGAUUCAAGUUCCUUACCGCUGACAGACUUUUAUUAAACACAUAGCAUGGACUUGAAUGCGGAAUCGAUCAAGAGGGUCCUCUCUAAGUAUAAAUUUCGUGAUGUUGCCAUUGAAGAGCUGCAGAAGGUGUCUCGCACUCAUCCUGAUAUAAUAAUAAAAGCUGAAACAUACACUUUUAGUGACAGUUCACAGAAAGAUUUGCUCAAACUGGUUGGAAACAUCCCAGUCAGAUACCAAGAGCGCUCAUAUAACCUGCCCAUUCUUCUGUGGCUCUUGGAUUCCUUUCCCUUCACACCGCCUAUCUGUUUCCUGCGACCCACUUCCAGCAUGGUCAUACGGGAGGGUAAACAUGUCGACUCUAAGGGUAGAAUACACCUGCCGAGCCUGCACAACUGGGAUCAUCCCAAGUCAACAGUCAGCAGUCUUCUAGCGGAGAUGAUCGAUAAAUUUGAAAAGGAACCUCCACUGUCUACUAAAUCAUCUGGACAUGGCGAGAACCCCAAUGAUCUACUGGCAUAUGUAUCUAAUCUCAAAGUGAAUGAAGGUGUAAAUCGGCCUGAUCAAGUGGUUAAAGUCUCUGUGAUUGGAGGGGGAGAUUUGGGAAUUGCUGCCGUGUUGAGUAUUAUGGCGAAAGGCUGUGUUGACAAACUGGUUUUUAUUGACAUCCCAGAGAGUUCAACCAAAGGCUGCACAAUGGAUAUGGAGAUUUUCAAUUUGCCAAAGGUUGAGGUUUCCAAAGACCUGUCAGCCUCUGCGGCGUCUAAGGUGGUGGUCAUCACAGCAAACGCCUGGAGUGAUGAGCAGUCGUAUGUGAGUGUAGUGCAGACUAAUGUGGACAUGUACCGAGGGAUCAUCCCUCAUCUCGCCCAGCUGAGUCCAAAAGCUGUGCUGCUCAUCGCCUCUCAACCGGUGGACAUUAUGACACAUGUUGCCUGGAGACAGAGCCAUCUGCUGCCCACUCAAGUGAUCGGUGUGGGCUGUAAUCUGGACUCAGAGAGGCUGUCUCACAUCAUCAAUAUUUCACUGGUGGCCAAUAACGUAGGCAAACAGGCAUGGGUAAUAGGAGAACUCUCAGAGAACAAGGUGGCGUUGUGGGGUAAUCUGGGGCCAGGAACGGACCAGCUACAAGCUUUAACCCCAGUGUCCAACUCCACCAAAGCCUUAAUGGACAGGGCAUUAGAGAUGCUGAAGGGUAGAGGUCAGAGGUCAUGGUCAGUUGGGUUGUCAAUUGCUGACAUCACUCACAGUAUCAUUACAGACCAAAAGAAAAUACACUCUGUCACUACACUGGCUGAGGGAUGGGGUGGAAUCGGUUCCAAGGUGUUCCUCAGCUUGCCAUGCAUCCUUGGAGAAAAUGGCUCAACACGAUUACCAGGAGUGGCUUUAGGUUCAGAAGACGAUGCCAAGCUGCGGAAGAGUACGGCCUCUCAGAUCACUCUCUUUAUGCAACUCCGACUGUAACUCCUGACUGGAUAUGACGCCAUGGCCUAUGUUCUUUACAUGAUAUACAGAACAUGUGUCCUUCUUGCAAUAUGUACAAAGCCAAUGUUCUCAGAGCAGCCACUGUGAAGUGGAAUUCAAUCUGACAGCAAUAGCACUUUCUGAAGAUAUAUACUUUGAAAGUAUGUAUCCUAUCAAUCCUGUCUGUAUAUUAAGAACUAGCUGUUCUACGGUACUGUAAGCAUUUUGCAUAAUAUUGGUUUGGAGCUUUACCUUACUAUGCAGUACUUCUAUGUAACUUAUUGUUCAUCUGUGCAAAUACAAUGAUACUUCUUUGGGAGGUUAAACAAUUGAAUUAUGGUUAAUCAAAUAUAUCACUUUAAGUCCUUGUUAAAUGCUAUUACCAAUGAGGUGAAUUCGUCAUGUGGUUUUGCGCUUAAAAGGCAUGUGUUCCUAAUGUGCCUUUUUGCAACUGAAUGCAUUUUCAUUUCUGAAGAAGUACCUGAUCCUGCAAUGAUAUUUUAACAUAUUUACCAUUGAAUGUGAAAAUGAAAGUAUCACAGCAAUAAUGCAAAUAUUAAAAUCAAAACUCCA